UUUGCUCAAAUAUCAUAUGACAUAUCUCCAAAUGGAAGGAUAGGAAUCAAAAAGGCUGAGGACAGAGAGUGAGAGUGGCACAGUGAGUCACGGGGAUGCAGGCAGAUUAAAGGUUGGUAUACAUAAAGCAGAGACGCCCACACUCUUUCUCUCUGUAUCUACUUAUUUCUCUCUCUAUAUCUAUACAUGGCAAUCGUAGCCACGGCCACGGCGAGGCUUUUCACAAUUUCCGGCGCCACUGAUUUAUCACUUAAACCUAACUUCCCGUCACCACUCAUCCGCCGCUUGUUCCCGUCAAUCUCUGCUAGGAAACGGCAAUUUCCGGCUGUUAUUAGCUGCUUAAUUUCAGGAGUGGAUGGCGGAGGGGUCCCUGACGAGUUCGUGUUCACCAGGAAAUCAGACUUCGGCCGCGAAUUCUCUGUCAUUGCGAAUAUGUUGAAGAGGAUUGAGCCGUUGGACAAUUCGAUUAUCUCUAAGGGGGUUUCGGACUCUGCUAAAGACUCCAUGAAGCAGACUAUCUCCACUAUGCUGGGACUUUUACCGUCCGAUCAAUUUUCCGUUACCGUUAGGAUUUCCAAACACCCCCUCGAUCGCCUGAUUGUUUCCUCCAUCAUCACCGGGUAUACUUUGUGGAACGCUGAGUACAGGAUUUCUUUGAUGAGGAAUUUUGAUAUAUCGCCUGACACUACAAGAAUGUCGGAGUUUCCUGUAAACUAUGGGGUUUCAGAGGUGAAGCAGGAGAGAGUAUGCGAAGCUGGUGAAGGUGGUGAUGGCGGUGGUGGUGGGGGUGGUGGUGUAGAAGAUUUGGAGAAAUUGAAUAUUCACAAUUUAGGGGAUUUGUCUCCAGAAGCAACAGGUCAUAUUCAGCAACUAGAAUUGGAGUUGUCUACCCUCAAGCAGGAGCUUCAUGCCCAGAAACAGGAAAAUUUGCAAAUGGAGCAUAUGAAAAAGAGUAACAACAAUCUGUUAGAGUACUUGAGGUCCUUGGACUCUGAGAUGGUAAUUGAACUAUCUAAACCGUCAUCACACGAAGUGGAGGAAAUUAUCCAUCAACUUGCUCAAAAUAUAUUGCAGACAUUUUUCAAAGACGAGAUAGUGUCUGAUGACAAUGGAGACUCAUCUUUAAGGAGUACUGAAAACUACCAAAAUAUUGAUAACAAACUUUGUGAUAUCAUUGGGACUUCGAGGGAUUAUUUGGCCAAGCUGCUUUUCUGGUGUAUGUUACUAGGCCAUCAUUUAAGAGGACUGGAGAACAGAUUGCAUCUAAGUUGCGCCGUCGGUUUAUUGUAAGCGGAUGAAGUAGAAAGAGGGAUGUAUAUUCUUCCUCACCUUUCUCUGUCUUUCUACAUUUUUUUCCCCUUUCAUAUGUUUAUAUCACUUUUGUUUAUCACAAAAAAUUAAAUAUGGAUAAAUUCCUUUCGAUAAAUGACUUUCUUGUAGAAUAUCGAUGAAUGGAAAUAUUUCUAAGAUGUGAAACUUGUCCUC